UUGUCUGCCUAUGAUAAAAUUUCACGAUAUAAACACGUUGGCAGUUUUGUUUUGAGACAUUUCAGUCUGUUUUUAAUGUUGGCAAGCCACGAAUAAAGAGUAAUAUUUUCUAUGCGUAAUUUGCAAGUCGUAAACUUUUGGAGGAUGACACAAAAAUACCAGGAUCCAGGCAGAAGGGUUACUCUUAUUACGAUGGCCGAUGGUCAUAAAAUAUACAUAAAAUUUUAAUUUACCGACCAUUGUUAAACAAUUUUUUCAUUUUUCUAAAGUCUGUUUCUAGAAUCUGUCGUACCCUUUUAUAAAAAUAAAUCCGUCAGGAAAAAAUUACGUCAUCACAGUUAUCUCCCAUAAUAAUCGAAACCGAGCAGCUUUUUCGAUUAUUUUGAAAAAUGAAUAACCGAAUUUUAACUUCGUCAAAUUUGUUUCUUGAAUUUUAACAGAUUCUGUUAAUAACACUCUGCUGCCGCUUGAGCCCGGUCGCAAAUAAGGAGAAAUAAGUCUAACUAUUUGAUAGGAAGUCUUCUCGUUCCGAAAGUUUGAAAAUUGACCGUUGGACCUCCAUUUUCUUUCGAAUAUUGGCCAAUCUUCUGGCUCCUGAAGUUAGCCCGUAUCAAGUGGUGCGAACUUUUAUACCAUUGGCGAAGAAUGGAAGUGCCGAAGUUGAGUCCGGACGCCAGUCUUGGUAUGAUGGAGUUGGAUGUGCCAAUUGAUGUAGACGAUGAUGUUAAAUUAUUGAAUCCAAAUGAAUCACCAUUAAAAAUAUUGAGUGAGCUUUUUAGAGGAGAAGGACCGAUAUAUAAAUUUUCUUCUUUUGACAAAUAUGGAAUGAAAGUAUUUGUAUGCACUGUUACUGUUCGAAACAAAGUCACUGGAGUUGGCAAAUACUACAAUAAAAAAAUUGCAAAGUACCAUGCUGCUGUGAACGCGUUGAAGAAGCUAGGCUUCAAAGUAGAUUUUGACAUCAACGUCGAGCCCGAUCAAAUGGCUAUAGAUGAUGUACCGAAGCAUGAGCCCACUGCCAAAAAUCAAAUCGCGUGCUAUAAAGAUAUUGAUUGUGAUGUAAAAAACCUUGUCCCAAUCAAAAUGGAGCCUCUUGAUGAUCUAACAGAAAGCGAUGAAUUGUUUAAAUCUUGUAAAAAGGCCAGGUUUGAAUUGAGGAACAUCGACGAUAUUGGACAGCCAUUGAUGAAGCGCAUUGAGAAUAGAACAAACAACUUGGCAUUUUUGUGGUAUGACUACGAGAUAUUUGACAAAAGCAAAAGAUACCGUUUAAGAACAUCUGGAAGUAAUAUGCUGGAAAAUCCUAUUGGUUAUAUCAAUGAGAGAUGCACCAAACAUCAAGUGCCUUGGCCAGUGUACACCGUCAUGAAUCUCCCCAGUUCAAAGCCACAUAUUUUCAAAGCUUCCAUUUCUCUCGGUGGCCUGAGGUUUACAGGAACAGCUAGAUCAAAAAGGUGUGCUAAAUGGUGUGCAGCUCGGCAGUUAGUCGAAUUCGUGUGUCAGACGUUUGGCGCCGAUUGGUUUGGAGAUUCUGAUGACGAGUAUGAAGAACUAGACUCAAUAUUGGGCAUAGGAAAAAGUAACAAAUUAUCAUUGAUGUAGAUAAAUUGAUUUGUAAUCAGUUUUUUUCUGUGCGAUUGUAAAAAUUAACAUUUUAUCUGAACAGAUUUU